AUGGAGCCACUGGCUCACCUCGCAGCAUGCUUGUCCUCCAAGGAGAGUCGCAUUGAAUGCCUCACCAUCGAAGGGACUGGUGGCCUUGGCUCGGAGGAUGAAAUUCAGCUAGUGUCUGCCCUCAAGGCAAAGACGAUACUGCGGCAGCUGGACAUGCAAGAUUUGAAAGAAUGUGGAGCCUUGAUGAUUGGAGUCUUGGUCAGCAACCGUGACUUGAGUGUGCUGCGAAUUCGAGCUUCCUGUCUUCUAUCCAUGAUGGAUGAUCUCCUCGAUACCAACGUAAGCAACAGCGACUAUGCGCAAUCGUUGAAGGAGUUGAGUGUUAUGGAGGACGGAGCAGUUGACGAUUGA